UCACACCGCAGCGAGCCACUUGUUUUAGCUAAAUUCCAAAAAAGAAACAGAAAACAAAUAAGAUCUUAAUUCUCCUUCCGAGUUUGCUUGCUUCAAUAUGGCUCCUCUACCCAUUUCUUCGAUUGGAGUUGGGAAAAUAGAUGAUGUUCAAGAAUUAAUAAAAUCAAAACCAAACAAAGUUCCAGAGAGGUUCAUAAGAGAAGCCAAUGAGAGAGGUGUCUUAGUGUCUCAUAAGACUCACCUUCAUCAUCAUAUUCCUGUUGUUGAUCUCUCUAAACUGUCUAAACCUCACACUGAUGAUGAUUUUCUCUUUGAGAUUCUUAAGCUCUCACAAGCUUGUGAAGACUGGGGAUUUUUCCAGGUUAUAAAUCAUGGGAUUGAAGUGGGUGUGGUGGAAGAUAUAGAGAAGGUAGCCAAGGAGUUCUUCGAGAUGCCACUGGAGGAGAAGAAGAAGUAUCCAAUGGAGCCAGGGACCGUACAAGGUUACGGUCAAGCUUUCAUCUUCUCUGAAGAUCAGAAGCUUGAUUGGUGCAACAUGUUUGCUCUUGGUGUUCAUCCUCCUUCUAUUCGCAACCCCAAACUAUGGCCUUCUAAACCGGCCCGGUUCAGUGAAAAUCUUGAAGGUUACUCAAAAGAGAUAAGGAAAUUAUGCAAGAGGUUGUUAAAGUACAUAGCAAUAAGCUUGGAUCUAAAAGAAGAGAGAUUUGAAGAAAUGUUUGGGGAAGCAGUGCAAGCAGUAAGGAUGAACUAUUACCCACCAUGUUCACGUCCUGAUCUUGUCAUGGGACUCAGCCCACAUUCUGAUGGAAGUGCUCUCACUGUUCUUCAACAGAGCAAGAACAGCCGUGUUGGGCUUCAGAUCCUCAAGGACAACACUUGGGUCCCUGUACAACCUCUUCCAAAUGCCCUUGUCAUCAACAUUGGUGAUACAAUUGAGGUGCUAACUAAUGGGAAGUACAAGAGUGUAGAGCAUAGAGCAGUGACAAAUAGAGAAAGGGAGAGGCUUACAAUAGUGACAUUCUAUGCACCCAACUACGAGGUUAAAAUAGAACCAAUGGGUGAGUUGGUUGAUGAUGAAACCAACCCAUGCAAGUAUAGAAGCUACAAUCAUGGUGACUAUAGUUAUCACUAUGUCUCCAACAAGCUCCAAGGCAAGAAGUCACUUGAUUUUGCCAAGAUUCUCAAUUAACUAUAUUAUUUUCACACCCCUUUCACCUUCCAUUAACUAGUUACCACUUAAUUUGUUUUAUUUUUAAGAAUUUAGUUGUGGGACUCUUGUGUGUAUAAUGUACAGGAAUGUUUCCCACUUAGGGGUUUUAGUGUCAUGAUUAAAUUCCCCAAUGUAACUACAACUUGUAAUAUAUUAUGUGUGUGUGUGGGUGGAGUUGGGUGUGUUUAUGUAUCCAUAUGUAUGCCGAGAAGGAACAUAAAGAAUAAGAAAGAACAACAUCAGAUCCAUGUUUAUGUCGA